AGUUUGUAAACUAAAACCCCAAAUUCAACUUUUGAUUCAUCUCUCUUCAAUCUUGUUACACAGAGGAAACUGGGAAAAUAUUAUUCAUCCAACAGACCACAGCUCCUCACAUAGAUAGGCGUACAUCAAGUGUUUGAUGAAAGGAGACAGAAAUUAGGAGGAUCAUUUCUUGGGAAGCUUCAAUUGAAUCGCAAACCGAUGGAAUUAUAUGCGUAGGCGAUGCGUUUUUACGAAUUGCAGGAACAAGGAAUUAAAACCCUAGGAGAAGGCAAAUCCCAUUUUGCCAGGUGCCCUAACAAUAUUUUGCUUCUGUUGUUGGCUUUCCAGUCUUGGAGCCAUUUGCAGACAUAUUUUGCCUAUAUAUAUACUCUAUUUUCCGAAUAUGCUGUAAGGAUUGUUGGAGUAACACAAGAAACCUGAUAUAUCUUGUCCAUUACAAACAUUCCAUGGAGCUCAAGGUUUCUCCAGAAAAACCUGGGUUUUCAUCUUCUGAUGUAGCGAGUGAUACCGAGGAGAAAGAAAUCAGUGAAGGUGACGAUGACGAUGAUGAUCGUAACCACAAGCAUCGUAGGCAGGAGGCUCGUUCUCAAUCUCAGGAAGGGGAUUCUCUUGAUAACCAUUUGAAAAGACCAUACAGAAAAAGAAAUCGUCCUUUUGAAAAUGGUUAUUCUUACAGGGAUGGUGACCCGCAAUCAGGUGAACCCUGGAGAAAUUACAAUAUGGCUUCAGACAGGGACUUUCCUGCUAGAUUUGACAAGAGACGUUUCAACCAGGGCUCAUUUUCCAAAGCUCCUAUGGAUUUGAACCAAAGGAUCAGAGGCAACCAAAAUCUACCAGGUGAAGUUGGCUUUGCCAGGGGUAGGGGAAGGGAACCUGUUCCUUGGGGCAUUCAUGAUGCAAGGUUUGGAUUGGUUGAUGUUGCUUCUCAAAUAGUUCAACCCGGGCCUGUUCCUUCUGCUAUGUUUGCUGGGAGGGGCUUGUCAAAUGUUCCUAGUGCACAUGGUACAUCUUGGAAUGCAUUUGGGCUGGUUCCCGGCUUACCUAAUGGUGGACUUGACUCACUUCACCCCCUUGGUUUGCAAGGACCGCUAAGACCAGCUAUCAUUCCACCAGCGAAUGUUGGGCUUCCACGGCAACGGUGUAGAGACUUUGAGGAGCGUGGGUUUUGCUUAAGGGGAGACAUGUGCCCGAUGGAACAUGGUGUUAAUCGUAUAGUUGUUGAAGAUGUUCAGAGCCUUUCACAAUUCAAUCUCCCUGUUUCACUUCCUGGCUCGCAACUUCUUGGAGCGUCUUCUGCACAAGGAGUGUUACCUGUCAACAACAAAGUUUUUCCUGCAAAAAGUAGCAAGCCUGGAAUGAAUGUAGAUGGUUACGGCCUGAAUGAUGGUGUUGUGGGAGGUUCCAUGGCAGGGGCAUCGACAUCUGAUGUGUAUGAUCCAGAUCAACCUUUAUGGGAAAAUGAUAACCCUGAGACAACGGCAGCACUAGUAGCACUAAAUCAAGCAAAUGUUGAUGAAACUGAGUCGUUUAUGGACAUGGACCUUCCAAACCGGCAUAACAUUGAAUCAAUUGAAGGUCUUAAUGAUGAUCGUCCACUCAGAAAUGCCAAUACUAGUGGAUCCCAAAGUACAUCUGUGUGGGGAAGAAUAAGCAGUUCAAAACAUGAUUCAGAACAGGAAAACAAGAUUGUGAAAACUCUGAACACGGAUCGUUCAAAUGUUCCGAAUCAAGAAAAUCGGAUGAAUGUUAAUGGAGAUGGAUCAAUUGUGAAGGAGUCCUUUGGAAAGAAACAGAGCGAUUUUGUUCGCGACACUCGAACACCAGCUCAAAGGGGACUCCGUACUUUAUUUGUCAAUUACAUUCCCCUAAAAGACAAUAAGAAGGAAAAUCUUCUCUCACAUUUUCAGAAAUUUGGUGAGGUUGUUGACAUUUAUAUUCCCAUGCAAACAGAAUGGGCUUUUGUUCAAUUUUCUAAAAGGGAAGAAGCAGCAGAAGCACUAAAGGCACCCGAUGCUGUAAUGGGCAAUCGGUUUAUCAAGCUUUGGUGGGCAAAUCGAAAUAAUAUACCCGAUGAUGGAAUAAGUGGCUAUAAUGCUGCACCAAUUACACCCCGUGGAACUUCACAUCUUCUCGUUUCUAAUCAAUUUAUUCUCGACAAAGGAAAAGAAAAUCCUCAUCCUGUAAUUGGAAAAGAUAGCAACUCCAAUGCUACUGUUGGUCAACACCCGGUUUCUGACCAUCCCAAGUCAGCAAUUACAAAUGGUUCCAAAGCCCCUCCUUUACAGCAAAAGAAAUUUGAGAGUUUGGAGAUUUUGAAGGAAGAACUUCGUAAGAAACAGGAGUUGCUGGAUCAGAAACGAAAUGAGUUCAAGCGCCAGUUAGACAAACUCCAAAAACAAGCUGUGGGCAGCAAGGAUAUUCCAGCAUCAGAUUCGACCACAAAGAAAAUUAAAGGUGAAACACCACCUAAUCAGUCAAAAACGGAAAAUUCCAAGUCAUCACCAAGAGAAGGCAUGUCCAUUGAGAAUACCCGGUCUGAACAGCAUUAUGUGACACGUGCUUCAACCUCAACUAUGCCUAUUCAUGAGCCUUUGAAACCUUCUUUCCGUCCGCAAGCACCUACAGGGACACCAUUUGUAGCAAACAGAUUCAAGCUGGACAAUCGGCCCACAGUGUUCAAAGUUGUUCCGCCAUUACCAUCUGACCUUGCAAAUGUUGCUGCUCUGGAGGAGCACUUCUCAUCGUAUGGUGAUCUUGCUUCGGUGGUACUGGAAGAGUCGGAACCCCAAGAGACUAAUGAUGCUUCAGUUUCAUCUUCUGAUGUCUCAGCCCGUGUUUCCUUUACAACCCGACGAUCUGCUGAGAGGGCUUUCUCUCAUGGUAAAUCAUGGCAAGGUCACAAGUUGCAAUUUUUGUGGCUUACGUCUAUUAAUACUAGCAAAGAAGUCGACAAAUCUGGGAAUCCUCCUGCCACUUCAAAUGCAUCUGUUAACACUGGCAAAGAAGUCGACAGCCACGGGAAUCUCCCAACUAGUUCAGGGGCCUCUGAUAACACUGGAAAAGAUGGCAACAGCAUUGGGAAUCUCCCAGCUGCUUCAAAUGCACCAUCUGAUGUUGACACUCAAACUAGUGGAGAUGAUGCAUCGGCCGAUAAUCAGAGAACUCCUGCCUCGGAACCUGGGAACCACAAAGUAGAAGCUGAUGCAGAUUCUGCUGCACAGGAGAAAGAUUCAAAAUCAACGUCACCCUCGCCCUCACCCUCUUCCUCGGGCGAAAAGCAGCUUUAGCUCUUGAACCCGAUGCCCGCUUCUAGUUGUACAGUGAGGUAAACAUGAUGUCAAAUUAUUAUAAUUCAUAUGGUUUAACUGAAUCUGCAGCUAAAUUCUAGCUUCGGUCUUAUUUUCUCAUUUUUGGGGGGUUUUUUUCGUGAAGAAAUGUCUAAUUUUCAACUGGCAGUCCUCGUUAAGUGCGAAUUGUAAUGCGUUGUGUUCUUUGUUAUAGAUAUUUAAUAGGAACAAGAGGUUUACAUUUUAUAAGGAAAAAAAACAAAAAUUGUUUAGAACAAUUGACCUUCU